GCAGAUGAGGGAGGCUGGCCUUUCUCUUUAAGAGCAUUCUUCCGGCUACCCCUCCCUUUCCCCAGAGGCAGCCUCAGGCAUCAGAUGGUUGCGUGUGUCCAGAGAAAGAGCCUGCAGCUCCAGAGCCUUCCAUCCACUGGGUCACGCCAAUGACCACUGCAACACUCUAGACUCCCAGUUCCUUGACAUCCUCCCCGACAGUGAUGUCCUCAUCUAAGACACCUCAGCUGCCCUCUUUCAGUUGGCAAAAAGGCAGGGUCCCUCCAGGAUUUGAGGGCCACCUGAGAGGGUUUGGGAUGAAGAAUAGAUGGAGGCCUCGUCCUCCCACCCCUCCAACGAUCCUUUGACACUCCACAGGAUUGUCAACAGACAGGAAGGCUGCCAGCCUGAUGUUCACUGUGGCCACUGGACCACUCCUGCCAACACCUAUACGGGAACCUAAGAGCCAGAUGAAUCCAGUCCAUCAUCACCAGCUUUGUGCUCCAUGUGCUUGUGUGUUUUAUACUCAAGCCUUUCUUUCUCUUAGGCUAACAGGGCUUGGAAUAUGAAGGUCCAGGUUUACUGUCUGGGUGUAAAAGACUAUCAGAGAGACCAGGUAAUUCAGAACAGGUAAACCAGUUGGGGAAAGCUUUCAAAGGCAGCUGUCCCAGGGUCACCCCAAGGAUGGCCCUCUGCCCACCCCAGUGUUCAGACAGCAGACAGCCACUGCAGAUGAGCAACGAGUGUUGUGCAGACCUACACACAGAGGUGCGGGCGGGGGGCUUCCCGGUCCCUAACGAUGGGCAGCUGGCAGAUGCCAGGCGGUGGCCCUUGGAGUCUAACAUGGCAGGAGGCAGGAGCCUGUCUCCUGGGAUGGGACCUGCCAGGUCCUCAACCCCUGGCUGUGGGCCAAGCCAGCUCCUCUCCCUUGUAGCUGGGUCAGAUUGUUACAGGAAAGGCCCAAAUGGAUGAGACACCCAGAACCGCUGACGAUGAAGGCUUUCUUACAUCGCUGGUGGGAAAUUCCUGUAAGGGAGGUAUCGGUGGAGACACAUUCCAUGCCUGUGUGGGAGAUGAAUAUGAAUUGAUGAUUUCCAGAAAAGGCUUUAAUAACGCAAAGAACAAGGAGGGAGUUAUUUGUAGGUUCAAGUUCAAAGACAAGCAAUUCUUCGAUAAAAAACCUAUCUCUGUGGAAGAUGCCACCAUAAUAUGCCCAGGAGUAAAGACAGAGAAGCCAGAUGAGUAAGUGCCCAGCCCGGAGGCCACGUGGGCAGGUUUUGCCGCCAUGAAGUGUAAAGAAUGUGGGAUGCCACCUCUCCUGAGGCAGCACGUGUCUGUCUCCAGGAGCGCUCAGGGCACCCUCCGCACCUGCUCUGGCUAGUGGUCCUCUGAGCUGCUCGGGGAUGCACUGUGGCCCAGGCUCUGCAGAGGAGGGCAGGAUGCAGGAGAUGAUGUGCCCUGGGGAUGGUACCUUUGCUCCAGGCAGCCUUUUGGAGCUAAACUCACUUACUCUGUAAAUACAAAGGAGUUGGGAUGGUGACACCGUACUGCCAUCCAUGGUCAAUUGGCUCAUGGCCAGGAGGACAUCUGAUCCCAUGUGGGGCUCCUCACUGCCUGGGCAGCCUUCAUUGCAGAGGUCGACCUCAUAGUGCUUUGGGAUGAGCUCUCCUUACCCUCGCUGUCUGCUCUGCGGUAGCCCCGAAUGCCUGAUGUUCAAAGUCAUUACAGUGAGGAGACCACGAGCUACAGUGUGAGCCAAGUGGAGGAAGUGUGUGUGUCCGGCCUCGGGGUCGCUGCCUGCCCUUCUUCUGCUGCAGGGAGCUGCGUGUUGACUUCGGCCUGAACCACGGGACCGCCGUCAUCAACACCGACGUGCGCAUCAGCAGCAGGACACGUGCGGCCGCCGGGGUGUGGCUCCCGGACCCAGGGCCGCCCUGCUCCCUGCGCGGGAGGGCGAGACGCCCCGGGAGGCCAGUGCGGGGAGCAGCGGGCCCUGGGCAGGCCUGGCAAGCAGCCUGUGCAGACAGGCCCCUAGAGCAGCUCAGGGCCCUGAGCCCCACAUCCAGGAGCUGAACCCGCAUCAGGCUUGGGCAGUGCCCUGGGACUGUUACUAGAAAGAGCACCUGGGGUACAACUUACUGUCCAGACCUUGAAAACCUCUGCUGUCUCUGUGAAGCCAGGGUCAUUGAAGGCACUUGGAAGGGACAAAUUAGAGCUCUAAACAGACUCCAGAAAUGGUGCUGAGGCUCUGCCCGCCCCGGACCCACCUGGCCACCCCCACUGGCCUGAGCCUUGUGCCAGGGAGCUCCGGGCUCCAACUCGGAUUCCAGUGGGGUGAGUGGGAGAGGCUGGGACACUGUGUCCUAGGAGACAGAGUCCAGGACCUCUGGGACACUCGGGUCCUCCAAAUCGGGGUCCAGGGCACAGGGGUCGGGAGGACUGGACCAGCUGUGGCCGAGUACAGUCAGGGACUGUUCCCACCGUGUGGCUGAAGCAGCUGGCAGGGCUCUGAACCCACUCCUGACCAUCACAGCUCCUGCCUCCUGAGCUUGUCUGGUGACACAAGCUGUCACGUUGCAGACGUCAUCAGCUUCUGAGUGCCUCUCCUCCUUUCUCAUGCUCCUCAGCUGUUCCUCUCCCCUGACUCGCUCUGGUCUCUGCAGGGAUACUCCUCUGUUGAUGGGGAAGCUGUCAGGGCCGUGGGGAGGGCGGAGGCUCAGCCUAGGGAAAGGGAGUUGGGAACACAGGGCUGCUGCCCUGGGACCCACUUUUCCAAGCUCCGCAUCAUCCGGGCACCUUAGCCUGGAGCUGCCCGACAUGGACCACAGAGAGCGCUAGGCGGGAGUGAGGUUUCCCCUGGAGGAGGGACACCUGUGCCGAGUGGCCACUGCCCUGGUGUCCAGUACCAGCUGGUGAGGGUGCCAACCAUGUGACGGUCUCCCUGUGUCUGUGUCUGUCUCCCUUGUCCCUGCACAUCCCCCCGCAGAUCAGAGACUGAAUCUACACAUUUCCCACCAGGGUCCCACCCCCUGCAGCUGCCUGUCCGCAGGCACAUUUAGGAGAGACCUCAGGAGCAGCCUGGGGCUCCGGGCCCAGCACAGGUCCCCUCAGCCUGACUGGGACUCUCCUUUCGGCUGCCCUGCUUCCUGGGCACAGGCUCUCUCUGCCCUCUUCCCUGCCCUGCUUCUCUCAAGCAGAGCACGUGACUUAGGGAAGGGCUGGGUAGUGCGCAAGUCCUCAGAUGCAGCACACGUGCCAUGGUUAUGAACAACAGCACGAGAACAGAUCCUGUCCUUAAGCCCCCACGUGGCCCUGGCCUGUGCUGGGACUGCGUGUGAUCUCUCUCUGCAGCUCUCAGGUGCUCGCCAUUUCCUCACUGCAGGGGUGGGGACAGAGGCUCAGAGACAUGCAGUCAUUUUGCCCAAGACUGCAGAGAAGUAGGGGAGAGAGGCUCCGGGGAUGUGAUCAGGGUCUACUGGCUGUGUUCUUGCACCCCCACCUCUCAGGGGGCCCCAGCUGCCCCUCCCUCACCCAUCCGUGUAUCUUAGCUCUUUGUGGCCCUCACAGAACCCCUGUGUGUCAUACUAGGCAGGCAUUGAGGGCUGGGUUGUCACUGGAGGCCUGGACCUCCUUGACAGGGCCAUGGGGGAGCCGCUGAGCAGGGGCAGCCAUGGGGUCCGUGGCCCAGGGCUCCAGAGGGGCUCUCUGGGUCCCAGCCCUGACCUCCCAGCCCCACUGUGGUCCCUCUACAUGAGGUAACAUGAGGGGAAGGGAGAGUGAGCUGAUGGGGGAAUCAGCCGUGGGAAGCAGUAGGUGGGCACCUGGGAGGAAUCACCAAGAGCAGCCCCCGGACUCCGACCCCCUACCUCCUGCAGAGUGGGCCCCCGAGACCAGCCCUGGACCAGCGAUGCCCACAGUGCCCACAGGUGUCAUGAUGAUGGUCACAGUGCCUACAGUUGUCACAGUGAGGACCACAGUGCUGAGGGCUGUCACCGUGGUGACCACAGUGAUCAAUGUUGUCACAACCACGACUGCAGUGACUAUGGCUGUCACAGAGGGAGAGGCCACAGUGCCUGAGCUCAUCCCAGAGGGGCUCUCUGGGUACCAGCCCUAACCUCUUAGGAUCUUUCUCCUCAGGCAUAAGGGUCAGGAGCAAGCCUCCCAACAGUCCCCCAGCAGCCUCCCCCGAUGCCACCUCUCCCGGUGACCUCUCCCCAUACAGCUCUUACCCCAUCAGCGUCUACCCCACCCACCCAGUUCGUCCUCUAUACCAACCCUCUCUUCUUGUCUUGGCUCAUCCCGGCCCUGCUCCUGCUCAUGCUGCUGCUCUGGUUCAUCUGUCACCUGUGCUGCAAGAAGACUGUCAAGGAGCCACCACCAACCCAGGAAAGAGCAAAGGAGCCUGAGGAGACAUGUCCCAUGCAGACAUGCCCCACGGUGAUUGUCCCCUGUGGGUGCCAAGGAGGCCGGAUGGAACGGAUGGAGGGAAAACUGGAUCAUUUGUGUGACUUUGUUCAGCGUUGCAGCCAGGCACCAGUGAUGUGGCGCCCGCCCAGGGCCGUGGGGAGAUGCAUCAAUGUUGCCCUAAUGAAGCCCCACUGUGGGCAGGUGCCCUGUGGCCCCAAGAUCUGCGUUCAGCCCAGCCGGGAGUGCUUCCCCAUCAAGAACUUCUGCUCACGGUGCCAACACCCCCUGUCCAUGUGCCCCAGGCUUCCCUCCAGGAUGCUGCCGCUGAUCCACCCCCCCGCCCCCUCGUACCCUAUUGUCCUGAGGAAGUAGACAUGAUGUGUCCCACUCCCAACGGCUGCCUGUUCGUCACCAAGGGCUGUGAUGCAUGCAGUUAUAGCCAAAUUCUGCCCUUUGAACAAAGCCCCAAACAUCCUUGAAAUAUUAAUAAAAUCCUGUGUCU